UUUUCUGACAUCGUCUUAUCUUGGCAUAAUUAAUGGUUGAUCCAUCCAAUUGGUCUACAGUUUUAAGUAACAGCAAAGUACACUGAACGUCUGCCAAGAAAACAUUAAGGAAAUAAUGAGACAUAAGUCGGUGCGAUGUUAACAAAGGUUUUAUGUGUUUUGGUGAUUGUCAGUGUGUGUGUUGGUGAUUAUGUGACUGAUGAUGACUAUGUGGACGCGGUUAUUGAUAUGCUGUUGAAUGGAGUCAGUAGGGAGUUUGAAAUGUCUGGUGAAGUUGACAAUGGUGAAGAGCCAGUCCUAGCUGGAGGCAUCUGGAAAUGCGGCGAAUGUGACAACUUAGAAGAAUCGAACCUCGUGUACUCUGAAGUUAAUGAUGUCGAUAAAGAAAUGAUGUCGGACGAAUCAGUGGAUAUACAGAUCGGCCUCUCCCUACCAAACAUGAAGUGUGUGACAGUGACCUCAAACGUGGCUGGUAUCGUGAGGCGCGUCGCCGGCGCAUGCCGCGGCGACACCGUCACGCUCAGCGUUGCGCCGGCGCAGCAUUUCACUGUCCAAGUCUACAAUUAAAUAUUUUUAUGUGUCCCCGAAAUAUUAAGUAUGAGUUUUCAAAAGUC